GAGAAAUCGUUGCAAAAAAUGGAAGAAAGAGCUGCUUUGGCUAAGAUAACUCACUGAAUCAUGAGGAUUUCCUGCAAUAUGUCAAGUAUAUUUCUCACUGGACUUGAGCACUCUUGGCCUUGUUCUUCGGAUUUUGCACAGAAAUAGAUAGCAUUACCAGCACUCUAUCUCUGAGGGAUCCUGGGAUUUUAUCAUCUCCAGGAGGCGUCUUGAAGUUGGGAUUUUUCAGUCCUCUAAACAGCUCUAACAGGUAUGUUGGUAUUUGGUACAAUUUUUCUGAAACAAUUGUCAUUUGGGUGGCUAAUAGGGACAAACCUUUAAGAGAUUCUUCUGGGGUUGUGAAGAUUUCUGGUGAUGGAAAUGUCGUCGUUAUGAAUGGGGAGGAGGAGAUUCUUUGGUCAUCAAAUGUUUCAACCUCUCAGGUAAACUCAAUUGCCCUUCUCCAAGAUUCUGGGAACUUUGUUCUUGUAGAUCAUCUGAAUAAUGGGAGCACAAUAUGGCAGAGUUUUGAACAUCCUUCUGAUUCAAUUGUCCCUAAAAUGAGUAUAAGUGAAAACACAAGGACAGGGGAGAGGGUAGAAGUAAAAUCUUGGAGAAGCCCUUGGGAUCCUAAUUUCGGAAACUUUUCUCUAGGAAUGAAUUCUGGAUUCAUUCCUCAGGUGUAUAUCUGGAAAGGUAGUCAGCCCUAUUGGCGAAGUGGUCAAUGGAAUGGCCAGAUCUUUAUCGGAGUGCAGGAUAUGUAUUCUGUGUCGUCUGAUGGAUUCAAUGUAGUGAACAAUCGGGAAGGUACUGUAUAUCUUACUGGCCCUGGUGAUUUUGAUUUCUUAACGAAAUUUGUCUUGGAUUGGAAAGGGAACUUGGUUCAAUCAUAUUGGGAUGCGAAUGAGACGACCUGGAAGAUAAUAUGGUCAGCUCCCAAUAACGAUUGUGAAGUUUAUGGAAUGUGUGGUCCAUUUGGUAGCUGCAAUCAUUUGGAGUCGCCGAUUUGUUCUUGUCUGAAAGGUUUCGAGCCAAAGCACAGGGAAGAAUGGGAAAAGGGGAAUUGGGUUAGUGGUUGUCUUAGGAGGAAAGCUUUGCAAUGUGAAGUAAGGAAUAACUCAGGGGAUUCAAGUAAAGAAGACGGAUUUCUAAAGAUAGGGUCAAUAAAAUUGCCUGAUUUUUCAGAAAGGUCAUCGACUAGAGAAGACCAGUGUAGAAGCCAAUGUUUGGGAAAUUGUUCCUGCAUAGCGUAUGCAUAUGACUCAGGUAUUGGCUGUAUGUCGUGGAAUAACAACUUGAUUGAUAUUCAGCAGUUCCAAAGCAGGGGGGAAGAUCUCUAUAUUCGCAUGGCACAUUCAGAGCUUGAUCAUCAUAAAGACAUAAAGAAAAUUGUAAUUCCAGUAAUCCUUGGUUUUCUUACACUCUGUGUUUGUCUGUUCCUUUGUUGUACAAGAAUGGCCAGACGUAGAGGAGUAAAAAGGAAGAAGAUAAAUUUACUUGGUGACAGAAGUGCAGUUCAUAUGGAAGAGUUACCAGUCUUCAGCCUCGAUACACUUGCAAAUGCAACAUCCCAGUUCCAUGAGGAUAAGAAGCUUGGUCAGGGUGGUUUUGGUCCAGUUUACAUGGGAAAAUUGGAAGAUGGGAAAGAAAUAGCAGUCAAGAAGCUUUCAAAAGCCUCGGGACAAGGGCUGGAGGAGUUCAUGAAUGAAGUGUUGGUGAUCUCUAAAGUCCAACAUAGAAACCUUGUUAGACUCUUGGGAUGUUGCGUUGAUAAAGAGGAGAAGAUGUUGAUUUAUGAAUAUAUGCCCAAGAAAAGCUUGGAUGUGUUUCUCUUUGAUGAAGGACACCGAGGCAUUUUGGAUUGGAGAAAAUGUUCCACUAUAAUCGAAGGGGUUGGUCGAGGACUCCUUUAUCUUCACAGAGAUUCAAGAUUGAAGAUAAUUCAUAGAGAUCUGAAGCCAAGUAACAUUUUGCUCGAUAAUGACUUCAAUCCAAAGAUUUCAGAUUUUGGCAUGGCUAGGAUUUUCGGGUCUGACCAAGAUCAAGCAGACACAAGGAGAGUAGUUGGUACUUAUGGAUACAUGGCUCCAGAAUAUGCAAUGAAAGGAAGAUUCUCUGAGAAAUCCGACGUCUUCAGCUUUGGAGUUCUAGUGUUAGAGAUCAUCAGUGGCCGAAAAAGUACAAGUUCUUGGAAUGAGACAUCCUCUUUUAGCCUUUUCGGAUAUGCAUGGAUGUUAUGGAAAGAACAAGAUUUAUCAACUUUUAUCGAUCCAUUCAUAUUGAAUCCGAGCUCAGAAAUGGAGAUAAAAAAAUGCAUACAGAUUGGUUUACUAUGCGUUCAAGAAUUUGCUGAAGACAGGCCAAGUAUUUCAUCAGUUCUUGCUAUGCUUACCAGUGAAACUACAAGUAUUCCUACACCAUCACAACCUGCUUUUACUGAAAGACAUGAUUGUAUCUUCAAAAUGUGCAAUGAAACUAAUUGUACUUUGAACAAUAUCAGUAUCACAAACAUAACUGGUAGAUGAAAUCAUCUUUUUAAAGAUAUGCAUAAUUAUCAUUGUACGAUCCAUCCGUCUCAAUUUGUAUGAUAUCUUUGUCAUU